UUUACGGCGAUACGUGAAGCCUCGCUGCUGAAAGAACUGAAACACUCAAAUAUUGUGACGCUGCACGACAUUGUGCAUACAAGAGAAACGCUGACGUUCGUUUUUGAAUAUGUGAAUACCGACUUAUCACAGUAUAUGGAAAAGCAUCCUGGCGGUCUGGAUCAUCGUAACGUACGUUUAUUUCUGUUUCAAUUGCUGCGCGGCCUCUCCUACUGCCAUAAGCGACGCGUCCUGCAUCGUGAUGUUAAGCCGCAAAAUUUAUUGAUAAGCGAUUGUGGUGAAUUGAAAUUGGCGGACUUCGGUUUGGCGCGCGCAAAAAGUGUUCCCAGUCAUACGUAUUCGCAUGAAGUCGUUACGUUAUGGUACCGUCCACCAGAUGUUCUGCUCGGCAGCACUGAAUACUCGACAUCGCUGGAUAUGUGGGGCGUCGGUUGUAUAUUUGUGGAAAUGGUAACUGGCAUGCCCACAUUCCCCGGUAUACGUGAUACAUAUGAUCAACUGGAUAAAAUAUUUAAAUUACUCGGCACACCCACUGAGGAGACAUGGGCGGGUGUAACACAUUUUCCUGGUUAUAAACCGCAUAAGUUAGGUUUUUAUCGACCCCGCAAAUUAGGUCACAAUUUUCCUAGACUCUAUGACAUCGUUGAUGGUGAGACGAUAGCGAAUGCCUUCCUGCAAUUAAAUCCAGAGGAAAGAAUAGGAGCUGAAGAGGCGCUGCAACAUCCAUACUUUGCGCCGUUGCCGAGAAAACUCUAUGAGUUGCCCGAUGAAACAUCAAUAUUCAGCGUUGAGGGAGUGCACUUAUUUCCUGAGCCGAAUCGGCAAAAUAAAUGAAAAUUAAAGCAAGUCCUUUCGGUGGAUGGUGUACGUUUCUAUUGUUAGCAGCAACAGCCAUAAAUAUUGUAAUUCAACUUUUUUACUGCAAACUUAAUUUUUGUAUAACAAUUGUUUCAAUUUUCUAUAUUUUUAUUUAAUAAUUUUAUGUAGUUGUAAAGCAAAGUUGGAAAAAAAACAACAACGCCACAAUUGAUUUGUAAAAUUAGUUAAUUAUCAGCGAAAAUGUGAGAUAGAAAAGAUACAAACAAAAACAAAAACAA